CGUGCAGAAACACGGGCACGGGCAAUCGCAGAAUUCUACCUUAUUCGGAAACCGGAUUUAGAGCUCCUGCCCCCUGUUUAGCCUGCUGCCUUUUUAAAUGGAUAACAACAUACCAUCGUCUGGACCGACUGAAAGGUCACCGUUGCAUCAUCACCACAGCCGUACCUCGUCCAGCAACAACCUGAACGGCAACGCGGCCGCCCAUCGGCAACAACGACCCCAGACGCUGACCUCGACCCGGGAUUCACCGAAGAGCGCACCGGUGCCAAUGCUGACACUAGUUCUCACCGUCAACAAGGAUGCCAACGGGUACGGGAUGAAGGUUUCCGGUGAUAAACCGGUGUUUGUGGAAAGUGUCAAACCGGGUGGCGCUGCGCAGAAGGCCGGUCUGAUGGCCGAGGAUAUGAUACUGAAGGUUAAUGGAACAUCUGUACGAUCCUCGACGCAUACCAACGUGGUGGAGUUGAUCAAAGCUUCCGACAUUGUUGAACUGACGGUGCAACGAAGCAACAACAGAAUGCAGCGGCCAUCGCCUUCGACCACAUCCAUCACGCCGACGACGCCAGUUGCGCAGCGGAACUCCAUCACCGCCCCGGUGCCCGUUAAUUUCGCCAAGCAGCGGGAGAUGGAAGUUCAGAAGAUGCGGACCCUCCGACUGAUGCUGGAGCAGGAGAAGAAGAAUCUGGAAAAUCUGUACGCCAGCAAUAAGCAGCGUACGCCGGAGAUUAUCCGGACGGAAGCCACCAUCAAGAAGCUCCAGGAUGAACUGACCCAGGUGGGCGGAGAGGAUACCUCAUUUCCGCCAUUUUCAUCCGCCACUUCACCACUCUUUCCGCAGCCCCAGCCACAGAACACUUCCACCCCGGCAUUCCUAUCCCGCUUCCCUCGAUCACUGUCUUCUCUGAGUCUUGGAACGAAAAAGAAAUCCAUUGAUAAAGACACCGGCCACAUCCACAUUGGCUCGCCAACCUUGUCCGGAGGUGGUCAUCACCCCUUCGCGGGAACUCCGGAAUGCAUGAGUCCUACCAGUCCUGGGUCUCACGCAAACCAUGGCCUUUUUGGGCAUGGGUUGACCUCCGGAGCAAGCGCCGGAACUCCCACCAAGAAAAAGUACAGCAGCAGUAGUGUGUCGGAUCGUAGCCACAAAGGCCAACCGGACACUCCACCUCCGCUGCCGCAGAGAAACAUUCCAAAACGGUCGGAUUCGUCGAUGGAUUCGGUCGACACCGUUGGAUCCCGAAGGAACAUCGUGGUAUCUGAUUUGGACCAUUCCGUGCUAGGCGCCCCCGGCAGUGGGACUGGGAAAAGUGUCAACAAUAAUAACAAUGUCACUUCCAGCGGGAAAAGUGGCAAAUCCAAGCGAAAGAAGAACGGAAACUUGGCGGAGACGAAGGCUGAACAGACCUCGGCAAUGUACCAUCAUGGUACCGAACGCGGUGGAGGUGGAGAGCUGCAAGCGGAACCUCCACCGUUACCACCCCGGCAGCCUGGCAUGAUGGAAGUCAACCAGAACCUGAUCCUAAACAAUGACAACAUUGCAGCAUCGUUCGGCAAUAACUGCAAUAACAACAACAACAGUCGGGUCAACAGCCCAGAUAAUCGACCGCCACCGAACAGUAUUAACACACUGAUGAGCUAUCCCUUGAUCACGACCUGUACCCCCGUGCGGGACAGUAUGGCCGCAGCAUUCCCCCUGUCGCAAAGACCCAACAUUGUCCAUCAGAUGCAGCAGCAUCAACAGCAAGCCGCUCUCAAUGCGACUUCACCGUCCAGCCACAUCAACCAGUCCAUCAACAAGAAGCACCGCCGGAUAGUGUCCUCUCCGGAGAAUAUCAGCUCCAAAGAGUUUGGUGACCAUUCGACGGGGGCUGCGCUUGUGCCUCGUCACCAAAAGACCUCGUCCGAUUCGUGGGACAAACGAUCCCAGGAAAUAACGCCCCCUGGGACACCGCCCCCGCCGUAUCUGAGCUCGUCGAUGAUCGGCAGUGGUGGUGGUAGUGGACAUUUGCACCACGAUCACACCACUGCCGGUGAUUUGGCCAUAUCGAGCGGAAACCUCCUGCAUCAUCAACAUCAGCAUCAUCAAGCGAUGCCGCCUCCGAAUGCGGCGGUGGCACCUUUGGUUGCCGGUGCAGCCACGACGAUAGUGGCCGCCCAAGCCAACGUUGCCCAGAAACCGAUCAUCUCGAUGGAGGACGACGAAAUCUCCGACCAAGAGAGCUUCAUCGAGGAACACGGACCGUUCCGGUCGCUAACACAACUACUGGAAACGGCCCAUUCGGCACACCUAGCAGUAUUUUUAAAUUUCGUACUUUCCAAUUCGGAUCCGUCGCCUCUGCUGUUCUACUUGAUAACGGCCCUGUACAAGGAAGGCAGUAUCAAAGACAUGCGCAAGUGGGCGUACGAGAUCCAUUCGACGUUCCUGGUGCCUGGAGCGCCGCUUCUGUGGCCGAACGUGGACGAAUCGCUCGCCCGUGAGAUUGACGACAUUCUACAGAAGGAGAAUGACAAGGUGGAAAUCUUGCGGCGAGUUUUCUACAAAAGCCGCAACAAGGCACGAGACUACAUCAACAUCCAGCUGCAGGAGUUUCAGGUGAAACGAACCGCUGGCUUGGGGACGAUGUAUGGACCCACGGAUCAGCAGCUACAGAACGCCAAAGGUGAUAAAGUCAAAGAGCAACGGAUAGUGGAGGAAACGCUGUUACCCAAACUGCAGCAGUAUUUGGAGGAAAUCGAAAAAGAAUCUCCUAAGGAAUGCCCAAAGAAGCUGGCUCUGUGUGCGGCACUGUCAACGGUGUUGCAGAGGUUUUUCGUUAUGCGAUCGAAUCCGGGUAGCCCCAUCGAUAAGGUGCACCACUUUGUCAGUCGGGAAAAGAGCUUCAAGAGUCGGCUGAUGGCAAAGAAUCGCAAGCAGGACAUCCUCGGCCAUAACCUUCGGCUGCAACCGUACUACGAGGUGACACGGUGUAAUCACUGCCAGAACAUACUCUGGGGUGUCAGUCCGCAGGGCUACCACUGUUCGAAUUGUGAGCUAAAUAUUCACCGAGCAUGUGCAAAGGAUCUGAACGAGUACUGUCCGGGACCGACGCCGCUGAAGAACGAUAGUAGCAAAAUUACGAAGCUGAUGGAGAAGAUAUCCAGCCGGAACCAUCAUCAAGCUGACCGUUUGAGAAGGCAUGAUGAUGAUGGUGCCGGCGAAGACGGUUUGGGAGCCGAUCGUCCCACCAGUAUAUCGCUGGCCCGGCAACCGUCCGACCGAAGGCAAGACUUCAACAAUAGUUAUCUGGGUAAUGUUAGUUCCUACACCGACUACCUGAGCAAUUCCACCGGCGACCCGGACACAUUCGCGCCCGGCGUCGACAAUGAUCAAUUUAGAGAAAGUGUUAAAUCGAAAUCGGCACCGGUAUCGGUCAAUCGAUCCGAAUCGUACAAGGAACGAUCGCAGAAGAAGACCCGAAAUACCCGCCGGAAAACGUCCGACCCCAGUCUGACGAAAACGACUGACGAACAGAACGAGGCCUCAUCGCUGAUCAACAACUAUUCCAGCAGUUCCACAUCUAGUCUUCCACUUGCGCUGGACAGCAGAUCAACCUCGCUCGAAGCGGUUGGCCCGGCGGGAACGGGAGCCUCGGCUGGUCCAGGAGCUCCCGGUUCAGCGGUUCCGUGUGCCAAUACAUCGGCCAGCGCCACCGGCAACUCUUCCGGUCUGUUCAGUUCGCCGGGCGGUGGUAAUGCGGCCAAUCUCAGCGCGACCGGUACGGCAUUGCUGCCGACGGCUCGCGAAUGGGUCGACAGCGACGACGAAGGCAACGUCGAACAGGAAGUGGACUGGAGUUCCAACAUACCGGCGGACAUACUCGCCACCCUCUGUGAUGCCGAAAAGAAACGACAGGAAGUGAUAAAUGAAAUCUACCAAACCGAACGUAACCAUGUGCGAACGCUUCGGUUAUUGGAGGGUAUAUUCAUGCGACCUCUCCAGGAGUCGGGUGUACUGUCGAACGACCUGCUGCAGCUGUUGUUUCCCCCGUCACUGCGAAAACUUCAGGAGCUGCACACUACCUUCGAGGGAUAUCUGAAGCAACGAAGGAUAGAACACAACAAUAUCGUGCAGGAAACCGGCGAUUUGCUUCUGUUGAUGUUCGAAGGUCAAUCAGGUGAAGACCUGAAGGAGCAUGCAGCUUACUUUUGCGCCCGGCAGCAGAUCGCCCUGGAAGCGCUGAAGGAACGCCGGAAAAAGGACGAAAACCUGCAGCGGUUGUUGAUCAAGGCUGAAUCGCACAAGGCCUGCCGACGCUUACAGUUGAAGGAUUUACUUCCGACCGUGCUGCAGCGGUUAACGAAGUACCCGCUGCUGUUCGAUAAUCUGUUCAGCUUUACGAUGCGCGUCCAACCCGACAACGAACUGGAAGCGCAAGCAAUCCGGAAAGCUCUCGAAUCCUCCAAGCGAAUAUUGGACCACGUCAACCAGGCGGUCCGGACUGAGGAGGAUAACCAUAAGCUAAUUUCUAUCCAACGUAAAUUAGAUCGAAGUGGUUUAGAUAAGGAUGCCCCUAGUGAAUUUAAGAAUAUAGACUUAACUGUACGUAAAUUAAUCCACGAUGGGCCGUUAACAAUGAAGAAGAAUCCUGGAGUACAACUGCAUGGAUUGUUGUUCGAAGAUAUGAUGGUUUUAUUACAAAAACAGGAUGACAAAUACCUACUCAAGUACCACUCUAGUCCCGGUCUCGGCGGUAGCGAGAGCAAAAUCACCGAAGGCCGUUUCAAUCCGAUCACCAAAACCAACCUGAUACUGGUGCGGCAAAGUGCCGUCGACAAGAAUACGUUCUUCCUGAUCAACACCAACGUGUCGCAGAUGCUGGAGCUGACGGCGCCGAGCAGUUCCGAGUGCAAAACAUGGUUCAAGCACAUAUCGGACGCUGCCGAUGCGUACAAAGCACGUACCAAAGGAACGCACGACUACAACGAGGAUCCCUCGGGCGGCUCGGGUCAGCAGCCGAAGGAUAGCUUCGAAACGGUCACCGAGACGCAAAAGAUCGAAACAACCACGGCACCGAUCGAGCGGUUAGAGCGUAAAGACAGCAGCCAUCAGUGUCGGGCCGUCAGCACCGGCGGCAGUGUCACCAGUAGCCAUGGUCACGCGACCGGUCCCAACAGUGCAAGUAGUGGUUUGAACAACAAUGAAGAUUCGCUUCCGAACAAGAACCGGGCGAUAAACGAAAGCGAUGACAACACCUCGAACGAGGAGAAGGAGUUGAUCAAGCGGCGAAGUCAGCUGGAGUCGUCGGCAUCGCAAGAUGUACCCAGUGAUGACGAACGGCCCAAGGAUGAGGACGACCAGGGUCAGCAGCGCGGAAGUCGCGGUAUAGUGAAUAACACGCGCACCCUAACGCAGCAGUGUUUGCUGGUCGCACCGAGCGAGAUCCAUGUCAGUGUCAGCAACGCGCUGACCGCCGAACCGAUAUUGACACCUUCAGAAAAACUCCGCCGCCUUGACCUGGCCAUCCGGAAGACGCUGGUCGAGAAGCAGCGGGUCGUAUGUGAUAUGUUCAAAGUGCCGGAUGAGCACUUCCUGGCGAUCGCCGACAUUGCCGGCCAACCGGAAGCGCCCCAGAAGGAACCGACCGACAUCAUCCUGGCCGCAUUUGCCCACAUCCAAUCGUUGACUGACGUCUUGAACGAGCACAUGCGGGUCACUCAGAGCCAGGAGAUUUCGGCCGUUUCCACAUCAGUCUGUGAUGAGUGCAAUGGCGGUAGCAGUACGAUGGGCGGUGGCAAAGCGAUUGCCGCUGUCGCUGUAGCUGCCACCGUAGCUAAGAAUACGACCGCGACCAGCGGCGGACAACCGGAGAUUAACGGUACCACGAUUGAUCCCACGAGUAGUAGUGCGAAUGCCCAACCCACCAUAGGAGUCCCACCGAUUUCAUCCGUACUGCAGCAGCAAGGCGAUGAGGUCAGCAUUACCGAAGACGAGGACGGCUACUGCGAGAUUGAUGAAGUUAGGGCGGCGGCCGUUCUACUGGAAUCUCAGCGAGAAGCUGAAAAACUCAGAAAAGCAGAAGCGGAAGCAAAGGCAGCAAUGGAUUCCACCACGCUGCUGGACGACAGCGGUGGCGGUGAUGGUGGUCCCAAGUCGCCGGAUUCGCAUAUCGAAAUCAAUGAUAAUUACGAUACCACUCAGAAUCACCUGCAGCCCAAAUUCACCGGAGUGGAUCUGUGCGGUAGAAAUCGGCUACUGCACGUAUCGUCCCUGGUGCCAACCGUACCGUGCCAUCUGAUAGCGAGCUACGUGUCUGGUCUGAACGCGCAGAUUUCACAGCUAUUGCCAAAAAUUAGUGAACGAGACUUAGAGCGAGAACAACUGAGACGGGAAAAUCAGCAUUUACGGGAACUAUUGAAUGCAAUGCAUCAAGAGCGAGUUUUAGAAUCACAGGAAACUACGGAAGCACCCGUAUUGACUGACCCGGAACCGACAAAACCACAACCGCAACCAGCCCAACAGCAGCAACCAUCAGAAACUGCUAAUACCAACAACACCACCACAACCACCACCAAUAGCAGUAGUAGUAAUAAUGUAAAUGAGUGAAUUUCCCUCAAACCCUCCCUAACAAUAGUUGAAGAGAAUGCAUAUCCCCGCGCAUUAGCCUCUAAAUGUGGAAUUGUGCGCGUCAAGCCAAGCGCUCGCUAGAAGCUCGCCAUCUCAAAACCAAUCAUCGUUGUUGCACUGUGGAUGUUCGUUCAGCAUCAGUGGCACAUUCCACCCGCACACUGACAUUGGCAUUCGUUGGCAUAAGCAACCUACAUACAGACAAUUUGAUCCUGCAUCGUCGAUGAUGAUGAUGAUGAUGAUGAAGUUACAAAAGGCCUUAACUACAACAGUGUAUUGUGUUUGUCGAGGUACGUGUUUUUUGGAGUAUACUCGAAUUAGUCGUCGUCGUCUUUGUUGUUGAUGUUGCUGUCGUGGUAUGAGCAAAGCAACGUAGAACACGUGCUUUGUAUGCUUUUAGUAGAUAAUACCUAAACACAUACACACACACACACAUACAUGCAUACAACUUUAGUGAUGAAAAAAAUAAUCAAAAGAUCACAAGCAAUUAUUACCAUCUAAUAGGCGAAAUCCAAACGGAAAGUGAAGAGACAACGUUAGGAACGGAAGAAGAACAUAGAUAGGAACAGUGCGAGUCGAUUAAACACCGGAUUAAGUUUAACUUAUUUCAAAGUGUCUCCAAAAUGUAUUUCUUUUUAAAUCAAUGUUGUUUAUUUGUUCUAUUUUAUUUAGGUUCGUUUCUUAGGCGCAGAGAUGUUCAAAUGAUAAUUAUGUAAUGUAUUGCGAGGAAGAUCAAAGUUAAAACAACACAAACUAACGGAGGUUGAUUCCGCGAUAGACUUCUUUUUUGCUGAAUUUUACUCAAAACCCAUUUUCGUUUCCCCUUAAGAUACGUAUACGUUUCCACACACUCACACACUCAUUAGCUUUUGUUUUUUUUUAUGGAACCAUUUCCACAAAGUUGCUACCGGGGAAAUGUGAGAGUAAAUUUUCCAAUUUUAUAAAACGCUAAAAUACAGAAAAGUGCAUAAAUAGCAAUAAAGAGGAGGGCAAGCGAGGAGCCGUUCAAACAUGUUUAUUUAAGUUAUCCAAAAUAUUGAUUCUUUUGUUUUUAAGCGAAGUGAAAAAAGUGAGAGAGAGAGAGAGAGCUUGCGAAAACGAGCGCGAGAGUGUUGUUCGUGGAGUAGCAAUUUAGGGUUAUGUUUAUCAAGAUUAUUUUAUUGAAGCACUCCGCGAAGAAAGCAAAAAACAAAAGAAAAUCAAGCAAAAAAUGCCGAAACAUAGAAAGGAUUUAUUAUUUAUUGUAUAUUUUCGUUCCCAUCUCCCAAAAGGCCCAUUUUUUCUUGUUUAAGGUCAUAACCAACAACGUUUAUAUUGAUAAUAUAUAAAGAAUAAAACACACACACACACACACACACAUAGGCAACCGUUAAGAAAAAAAGGACAGCAAAUUCACUUAAUACAAAAAAGCAAAGCAAACCCGAAUAAAAGAGUGGAAGCAGAUGUUAUAGAAAGAAGGUAGUAAGUUGUAAAUAGCAGCCUAAUAAAGAAAUACACAAUCGCACUCUCACACUCAACGAAAACAGAA